UAGUUAGUUGCAUGAAGGAGAGUCAGUGUGUUCUUGAGGGGGAUAGUCUCGGCGCAUCGGAUACGGAGAGGGGAGUCUGAUACACACUUGGAACUAGAGUUUGCUUUCUCUUAAGUGCUCAUCAUGCCGGUUUUUCACACGAAGACGAUAGAGAGUAUCCUGGAGCCGGUGGCCCAGCAGAUCUCUCAUCUGGUCAUCAUGCAUGAGGAGGGAGAGGUGGACGGGAAAGCCAUCCCGGAUCUCACCGCUCCUGUGGCCGCCGUGCAGGCAGCUGUCAGCAACCUGGUCCGGGUGGGCAAAGAGACGGUUCAGACAACUGAGGAUGCCAUCAUGAGGAGAGACAUGCCGCCUGCCUUUAUAAAGGUUGAGAACGCGUGCACUAAACUGGUUCAGGCGGCUCAGAUGCUGAAGGCCGACCCGUAUUCUGUCCAAGCCAGAGAUUAUCUGAUCGACGGGUCCCGCGGGAUCCUGUCCGGAACCUCCGACCUGCUUCUGACAUUCGAUGAGGCCGAGGUUCGUAAGAUCAUCCGUGUGUGUAAAGGGAUUCUGGAGUAUCUGACCGUGGCUGAGGUGGUGGAGUCCAUGGAGGACCUGAUCACUUACACCAAGAACCUGGGACCAGGCAUGACGAAGAUGGCCAAGAUGAUUGACGAGCGGCAGCAGGAAUUAACUCAUCAGGAGCACAGAGUCAUGCUGGUUAACUCCAUGAACACCGUCAAGGAGCUGCUGCCCGUUCUCAUCUCAGGCAUCAAGAUCUUCGUAACGACCAGGACGUCUCAGGGUAAAGGUGUGGAGGAGGCCCUGAAGAACAGGAACUUCACCGUGGAGAAGAUGAGCGCAGAAAUCAAUGAAAUCAUCCGCGUGCUGCAGCUCACGUCCUGGGACGAGGACGCCUGGGCCAGUAAGGACACAGAGGCUAUGAAGAGAGCGCUGGCUCUGAUCGACUCCAAAAUGGCCCAAGCCAAGAACUGGCUCCGAGACCCGCACAGCCAGCCAGGUGACCCGGGCGAACAAGCCAUUCGCCAGAUCCUGGACGAGGCGGGAAAAGUUGGCGAACUCUGCGCUGGGAAGGAGAGACGAGACAUCGUGGGAACGGCCAAAACGCUUGGACAACUUACUGAGCAGGUGUCCGAGCUGCGGGCCAGGGGUCAGGGAGCGAGUCCGGUGGCCAUGCAGAAAGCGCAGCAGGUGUCUCAGGGUCUGGACGUCCUGACGGGGAAAGUGGAAAAUGCGGCACGUAAAUUGGAGGCCAUGACCGGCUCGAAACAAGCCAUCGCCAAGAGAACCGACGCCGCUCAGAGCUGGCUGGCGGAUCCUCACGGCGGUCCGGAGGGAGAGGGGAACAUCAGGGCUCUUCUGGGAGAAGCCAGGAAGAUCGCGGAUCUCUGCGAAGAUCCCAAGGAGCGAGAGGAUAUCCUGCGCAGCAUGGGCGAGAUCGCCGGCCUCACCGCCAAACUCUCCGAGCUCAAGAAAGCUGGUAAGGGCGACACUCCUGAGGCUCGAGCGCUGGCGAAGCAGAUCGCCACAGCUCUGCAGAACCUCCAGUCCAAAACCAGCAAAGCAGUGGCCAACACUCGGCCCGCCAAAGCGGCCGUUCACCUGGAGGGGAAGAUGGAGCAGGCGCAGAGAUGGAUCGACAACUCCUCGCUGGACGACAGCGGCGUCGGUCAGGCUGCGAUCCGUGGGCUGGUCGCCGAGGGCCGUCGUCUGGCCAAUGCGCUGCCGGCGUCACAGAGGCAGGGGCUGCUGGGUAAAUGUGAGGAGGUGGAGCACCUGAUGGGGCAGUUAGCCGAGCUAGCGGUCCGCGGGGAGGGAGACGGUCCUCAGGCCCGCGCCAUCGCUCAGCAGCUGCAGGACACACUCAAAUGUGUGUGUGAUCAGGUGUUUGAGGAGCGGGCCGCAAACUUUGAGAAUCACUCGGGUCGUCUGGGAGCCACGGCGGAGAAAGCGGCCGCAGUCGGCACGGCCAACAAGAGCACGGUGGAGGGAAUCCAGACGGCCGUCAAAUCAGCCCGAGAUCUGACGCCGCAGGUCGUCUCUGCAGCUCGCAUCCUCCUGAAGAAUCCUGGAAACCAGGCGGCUUACGAACACUUUGAGACCAUGAAGAAUCAGUGGAUCGACAAUGUCGAGAAAAUGACAGGUCUGGUGGAUGAAGCGAUUGACACCAGGUCUCUGUUGUAUGCAUCAGAAGAAGCCAUUAAGAAAGAUCUGGACAAGUGUCAGGUAGCUAUGGCCAAUCACCAGCCUCAGAUGCUGGUCGCCGGGGCAACCAGCAUCGCCCGGCGAGCCAAUCGGAUCCUGCUGGUGGCGAAGCGAGAGGUGGAGAACUCAGAGGACCCGAAGUUCAGAGAGACCGUGAAAGCGGCGUCUGACGAGCUCAGCAGGACCAUCUCACCGAUGGUCAUGGACGCCAAGGCCGUGGCCGCCAACAUACAGGACCACGGCCUUCAGAGGGGCUUCCUGGACUCGGGUUAUAAGAUCCUGGGUGCCGUGGCUAAAGUCCAGGAGGCGUUCCAGCCGCAGGAGCCAGACUUCCCUCCUCCACCUCCAGACCUGGAGCACCUGCAGAUAAGCGACAACGCCGCCCCUCCAAAACCGCCGCUGCCAGAGGGUGAAGUGCCUCCUCCCAGACCUCCACCGCCGGAGGAGAAGGACGAGGAGUUCCCUGAACAGCAGGCCGGAGAGAUGGUCAGCGAGCCCAUGAUGGUGGCUGCGAGGCAGCUGCACGACGAGGCCCGCAAGUGGUCCAGCAAGGGCAAUGACAUCAUCGGAGCUGCCAAGCGCAUGGCUCUGCUGAUGGCCGAGAUGUCUCGACUGGUCCGGGGCGCCAGCGGGAAUAAGAGGGCGCUCAUCCAGUGCGCCAAAGACAUCGCUAAAGCCUCAGACGAGGUCACGCUCCUCGCCAAGGAGGUCGCCAAACAGUGCACAGACAAACGCAUACGAACCAACUUACUGCAGGAUGCCAGCAGUACUUGA